AGAUAUAUCACAAGCUCAGCCAAUCAAAAUGCAUCUUGGAUUUGAUUUUGAUCUUGACCAACUUGAAGAUCCCAUUCCAUCAUUAGAUAAAAGACUAGUUAUCAUGUUAAGUAAUUGUACACAUACAAGGGAGAAAACUCUACCAAGAAUUAUAGAAAAUCUCAAUAAACAUGGUUAUGUUGAAAUGAACAAAUCAUUACAAGUAGCACAGCAGACAUAUCAUAAUUUAGAUGAUAAAUUAUUCCAGGCGUAUUUAGAACAGAAGACCGAUCCAAUUAUAGGAACCAUAGAACCAAACAUGUAUAAAGCAGGAUUUGAUUGGAAGAACUGGAAACAAUUAUCAGGUGUUCGUAGUUAUUUAAAAGAGGUUAUACUGAGUAUUAUAGAAGUUCACGCAGAGGUAUUUGUGAUAUCACCAGCGUUUGUAUCUCGUGUAAUGAAGAAAGUCAUGGAGGCGGUAUGUGAAGAAAUAUCUCGAAUCAUUCAAUGUGUCACAGAUUUUGGUUCUGCUGGGGCCAUACAGGCACAACUUGAGUUAAAAGCCUUAGAGACAAUUGUUUGUCUGUUUGAAACAGCCAACAUUAGGAAUUGUUUUAAAGAAGCGUAUGAAUGUAUACCACCUUUAUCUGAAGAAGGACAAGAGAUUGUGGUAAAAUUAUUAUCGGAAUUUAAAUCAAAGAUGACUGUACAACUGAUGUGUUUUCAAACAGAAAAAAAUUCAAGUUUCGCAUGAAAUAGUUUGUACCAACACAAAUUUUAAAGAGUGAAUGAAAGUGGGUAUGGUUAUAAUGGACGUUUGUUUACAAUUCACAGGUUCCUUUAAAAUGUGUUUCUGAUCAACAGUUACCUUAUGUAUUUACCUGUUAUCACCUGUAAUUCUAAUAAUAAAUGAUAAGACUUUUAAAUGAUGCUUUUUACAAAAACAGUUAUAGCUUUCAUUUAAGAUGACUCGACUGUUUGAAGUUAUAUCUGAUGGGUGUGCACAUCAACAGGAGUAAAAAAUGUUAAACUCUUUCUACUUGAUUCUACUUCAAACACAGCACUGACUCCACCACACAUCAUUCUGUUAGCAGAAUUUAUAUACAUUGUAACUAAAGCUACCACAAUAGAGUAUCUUACAAUUAAUUAUCUGUCACAAUAGUGUUGCCUAUGGUUACCAGAAUGGGUUGUGUCACAGUAGAGUAUCUUACUGUUGCCUAUGGUUACCAGAAUUGAUACAAUUCUGUAAAUCAAUAUUAUUGUUAUUUUGAGUUAUUAUUUGUUAAUACAUGUAUAUAUUGUAAUAUUAUUUUGUAAAAUAUAAAUACCUUUAUAUAUUAUUUAGUGCAAUAAAUAAUACUAUGGAAUAA